AUGGGCGAGAACUCGCGCCAUGCGCGGAACACGAAGCGGCCCUGGAUGCCCGCUGGCAUUGACGGGUGCCUGCGCGAGGCGCGCGGUAGCCACAGGGGAAAGCGUGGCAGGCGGGAUCCAGGCGGGCCCCCGCGGCGCAACCUGCAGGGCGAGUUUCUGGGCAGGGGGCCCCCAGGACGACGGCCCGGAAAAGACAACUAUCUGAAGGAUGGCAUGGAGAGGCGGGGGCCCCAUGGGCCGAAUUUCCCCAUGGGCCCAUACCCUGGGGCCAUGCCUGAGUGGAAGCGCCACGCCCAUGACGACUGGUCCCCCACGACUGCCCAGGCGGAUUCAAGGGGGCCGAUGGGCCGUGAGCUGUGGAGGAAUGAACACCUGGGCCCCUGGGAAGAUUACGUCAAGUUCCAUCCCUCAGACAGGAGGCCGCGGAGAGGGGGUGGCCGAGGGAUGGGCUCCAGGGGACCAAAGCCGCACAUGUUCUCCAACUCCAUGGACAGGAGCCUGGUGAACAUGGAUGUUGGUGCUCUGGACAUUGAACGGUCGCGUUCGGUGCCCUCUGUGGGUGCCUUCUGUGCUGACUUGAGGCAGCCCAGUCAUGGAGACGACUUGGGGCACGCUGUGAGCCUGAAGUCAGGGUCGCCUGUGGCUGGGAAGGGCUGGGGUGACGUUCAGCUCGAGCCAAGGCUCUUGCUGCCUGGUCAGAAAGAUGGGGAGGCUGUGGUGUGUGAUGUGAAGCUGGAGCCCAGGGGGAGUGAGGACCUGGACCAAGGGUGUGGCGAGGUGUGGGAUGGCUCCGAUGGCCAGGGAAAGAGGCAGCGCAAGCUGGGCUUUGGCGACUCAAUAUCGAAGAAGCAGCCUGGCUCUAAGCAGAAUGAGGAUGGUUCAGCAAGCCCUGGCGCAUCCCCACAAGAAGCCCAGGCGGAGGGAUCAACAGCUGAUGAGGAUGCGGAGCCUCUGGCACAAGAGCCGGCAGUUGCACAGGAGAAGGCAAAGCAGAUCGCUGACAAGAUGGAAAAGCUGGAAAAGGAGCUGGACGAGUUGGAAAGGGCGAUCACGGAGAACAAGCGUGUGGAACAUGAACGCAGCCAGGCCGUUGAAGAGAUCGGGAAAGGUCUGAAGAACAUCGAGAAUGAGACUAUUGCUGAUGGUGCAGAUUGGGCAUCGAGCUCAGAGGGGGCAGGAGGGUUGGAGGAUGCUGAGGCCGAUCGGUUAUCAGGGUCAUGUGGCACAUCGUGUGAGUCUCGCAGCCUGCUUUCUCCACACCUACAGGAGCUGUCAAAGCCAGGCACUGUUGAGGGGCCCAACAAGGACACCGACGGUCCGGCGGAGCCGGAGAUACAACCCAGUGUCGCAGAACGCACUGUGAGCAUGGAGCAGAGCACUGACCGUUCCCCGCUACCUCCAUCUGGCCAGCACCUUGACACUGCCUCACUAGCGUCCGACCCGGAACUCAGCACCACAGAACAGCAUUUGGGACACUUGGCCCCAUCCUCCUCAUCCGGCCUUUUUGAGGACAAUCGGUGUGUCGACAUAGUGAAGCAGAACAUGGCGACUGCGAAGGAGGCACGAAGAGGGGCCAAGUCCACACUGCCCACUGGGUUUGUGAAACCAGACUGGGGUCCAAUGCUUCCGUGCCCCUUGCCCCCGAGCUCCCAUGAACUGUUGGCACUUGCCAGGAUAGUGAGGGUCCGGCAAAACAGAAGAGAAGCCACUGAGGCGUCACUGCAGGAAGAUUACUCCAGGCGUGCAGAUGAGUUCAGGCUGUUUAUGGAGCGAGAGGUAACAGGGACUGGCGAGUUGUUGGGUCCCAAGAAGCCAGGCCGUGGGUCCUUCCGCCCAAAGAGCCAAUAUGAAGAGGCCAAAAUCAUGAGGGAGAUAAUGGGCAAAAAGGAGCUGGCAGAGAUGUGCCAGAUGCCUGAGUCAUGCACUGGCACCUGGGAUCAUGGCCGGAUCUUUGUGGACAAGAAUCGCCUCGUGGAGGACCCAGAGGCCCAGCUGCUGGAGGAGGACAACUGCAACCCGUGGUCAGCAGAUGAGAAGAAGGUGUUCAUGGACAAAUUCAUUGAGCACCCCAAGGACUUCCGCACUGUCGCCAGUUUCCUGGAGCACCGAACGACUGCAGAUUGCAUCGGCUUCUACUACCAGAACCAGAAGCUGGAGGUGUUCGAACGCGUGCGCCUCAAGCAGCAGCUCAAGAAACGGAGGUCCACUGCCGAUGCCCGCAAGUUCAGCAUCCAGCACAUGCUACCACCCAGCCAACGCCCCCGCCCUGCGGCCGUGUCGCAGCCAAGCCCGAGGACAAGACCCAAGCGGUCAAUUGCACAGCAACCGCAACAACAGGCUCAACAGCAGCUGCCUCAGCAACAGCAGCGGCGGACGUGCAGGCCUGAUGCGCUUCCACGCGGGCGUAUGCAGUUUCGGUUUGGUGAGAAGGCCAGGUCUUUUCUGGUAGGGGGGCCAGGUGACUCCAAGGGGCAAGCGAUGGUUGAGUACGAGGGGUUUGAAGAGGUGGCAGGUCGGGAUGAGGGAGUGGGCAGCAAGGCCAGAGGGGCACCCAAGGAAGACAUCGCAGAAGGUGGCCUGGGCAGACAGGCGGCCAAUCCUGUGUUGGAGGCACUGGACAGGACGUUGAAUGCUGAGCCGGUCCAGGAGCUGACGUGUGCGCAACGUCGCACACUCCACAAGGAGGAUGUGGUGACACACCCACCACUGUUCAAGCGUGAGGGGCCUGUGGAACACCGAACAGUGGAUGAGUCGCUGCAGGAGUCUGAGGACCCGCGGUUUGGCCGGUCGGCUGUGGGCCAGCUGCAUCUUGAUGGAUUUGUGGAACAUCCUGGGCCACACUCUGGACUGCAGGGGUCCUUCCCUCUGUUUGGGCCACCUCCCAAGGCAGCGGGUCAGGGCUCACCGCCAAACAGCGCUGCCCCACCGACCUACGUGGACCCACAGCUGCUGAGCAGCAUGUUUGGCGCCUCAAACAGCUUGGCACUGCCUACCUUCCUGCCUUCUGGUGACCUGGCUGGGAUGGUGCCCCAUGGGGCAGAAAAUGCAGCCGCCUCCGCCAAUGCCCAAACACUACCUACCAUGGAGGCAGCACCCAUGCCAUCAGCCCUCUCCUCAACUCCGCCGUUGUUUGGUGUAAGCUUCCCUAAAUCUGGUGCUGGCAACACCAACGCACCACCGGUCUGUGGCCAAGAUCAUGGUUUUGACGAGCCGUCCAAUGUCCAGACCUCCACUGGCCAUGGAGGCAAAGGGUACCCACGGAUGGGCAUGGCUGCCAGUAGCAGGGGUUCAACAGAAGCAAAGACAGGACAAGGUGGGGUGGCCACCGUGACUCCCCAGGUGCUCAGCCUGGUGCAAGACGUGCUCAGGAGGGCCAUGUCGCAGGGGGCCACCCACAGUGGGGCACAGCCCGAGUCCACCAUGAACGUCUUCCAGCUGCUCACAGACUUAAACCACCUCGCUCGCCUUAAGGGCGGGUCCUUGGGGCCCGCCAGCCCACAGCCUCAAGCUCCUUCCCCUUCUCCGCCACCGCUGUUCCUGCCACGCAGCUCCAUGCCUUCAUCUGUGCCCACCCACCCUGACCAGCCUGCCGCACAUGCGCCAUGGGGCGUGGCACAAUCUUCUGGAAGUACCGCAAAUCCAGUAAACGUGCACGGCCAGCAGCUCGCACAAUCUGGAGUUGGUGGCCCAGGUGCAGAGGGGCUCAGGAGCGCUGAUGGGACUGCUCUUUUUGGCUCGUCCUGGCAGCAGAUGCUGGGAGUGCUGGGAGCCACCGGUGGUGUCCGUGAUGCUGCGAACGAGGUGUUGAGCCGCGCUGCCGCUAGCGGUGCAGUGUCACAGCAGUGGCCAGUGGCAGAGGUGGGCUGGGCAGCUCAUGGCUGGCAGGGGGACGCCAGGCUGGGGCUGUUUGGCCCUGGGGUGUUGCAUGGCGGGGGGGAGGGAAGGUGUGGAGGGGCCGAGGGGUCGCUGGGGCACGACAACCAGCCGUUCGAGGGGGGUUCUUCAUGA